UCUUUGGCGCUUAGUGCGGCAUCGUCCACUUCGCCAGCUGCAUCCCAGCCAGAUUUUCCCCAAGCCAAGUCCACCAGCCAGUGCAAAUAAAGCUAAAGACUUACAUUUAAGAUGGUCAACAUCGGCCACAUUUUCGUGUGGGCCUUGCUCUUGGUCACCACUUGGGGCACUGAUCUGAGUGAUGAUGAGACGCUCAAUGACGUCUUGGGCGAACUUGAGUUUGACGACUCCUCGCCCAGAUUAACUCGCGACACUUCUCUGUCGGCCAAGCACAUCGAGAAGAUCGAUGUGAAAUGCGACCAGGGUAAUGGCAUGAUGGUCGAAGUGGAGUUCUCCGAGGACUUCGAGGGAGUCAUCUACAGUCAGGGAUACUUCAACGACCCCAAGUGCAACUACGUGAAGGGCGAAAGAUCGGGACGCAGUUUCACUUUCACAGUGCCAUACGAUGGAUGUGGCAGCAAACCCUCGUGCUCCGUUUGCGCCUCAAUCGAGAACAUCCUGAUCAUCCAGGAUGACAGGGACAUACAAAAUAGCUUCGAUAUAGCGCGGAAAAUAUCGUGCAGUCGAGGUGAUGAGCGCGAGAAGACUGUUUAUUUCAAGCCAUUUGUAGUGGACAUGCUCGAGGUUAUAUCGGUGGAUACACCAAGUGGUCCGGUAGAGUGCUGGAUGGAAAUCGGCACGGGAGCUCCUCCCAAUAUUAAACCCAUUCAGGGCACUCUCACCCUGGGAACCGACAUUACAUUCACCAUCAACGUGAAGCACUCGGAACAGGCAUGGGAUAUAAACAUACUACAAUGUUAUGCCUCCGAUGACAUGGACUUUGAGGCCAGAACGACGAAGAGGUUGCAACUAUCGGACAAAAGGGGUUGCUCGAUAAAGGAGAAAAUAUUUGGGGAGUGGCGAAAGUUUGAGGCGGGCUCCAGUCUUACAUCCACCUACUAUAAUACACUUAAGGCAUUUAGGUUCCCCGACAGAUCUCAGGUUUAUCUGAAGUGUGACAUUGAACUCUGCAAUGGAGCGUGUAAAAGGGACUACACCUGCGGUAGUCUGAGGGCGUUGCCAUGUCCUGAAGGAUCAACUGAUCCUCAGUGCCUGCAGGACCAUCUAAUUUCAUCGAAGCCUCGCUGCUAUCCUGGCUCCAGAGAGCCAGGCUGCCCAAAGCCCACAUCGCCACCACCCACAACGAUCAGAAUACCAAUAGCCUCAACAUUUACGCCAGGUCCACGCUGCUAUCCUGGAUCGAAUGAUCCAAGCUGUGCGGAAACUCCGCAGACUACAUCCCGAUCCAGUUGUGCUUUGGGCUCAACUGAUCCUCGCUGUCGCGUUACGCCGCCGGCAACACCAAAGCCAAGGUGUUUUUCCGGAUCAAGGGAUCCGGAAUGUCAACCAGCUACUUAUCUGCCACCAACCACAAGGAGGUCUUCGCCCAAGCCGCGUUGCUAUCCAGGAUCAACAGAUCCUAUUUGUCAACCGGCAACAAGGACACCUAUUACCACAAUGAAGCCAAGAUGCUAUCCAGGCUCCGAUGACCCCGAAUGUCAGCCGGCAACUUAUAUUCCGCCUACAACGAGGAAAGCUCCCAUUACUACGAAGAGGCCACGUUGUUACCCGGGAUCAACAGAUCCCGACUGUCAACCGAGAACAAGGCCAACGAUUACCACAUCGCUGCCAAGAUGUUAUCAAGGAUCCACUGACCCUGAGUGUCAGCCUGCUACUUAUCUUCCACCAACAACAAGAAGAACCCCAAUACCAACAACCAGAGUCCCACUAACAACAUCAAAGCCAAAUUGUUAUCCAGGCUCAACGGAUACUCGUUGCCCACAAACUCCAAGACCUAAGUGUUAUCCUGGAUCACCAGAUCCCUCCUGUCAACCCCCAACGCGUGUAACUCAGAAGCCAAUCAGUUCUCCACAGCCAAAAUGCUAUCCCGGCUCAUCCGACCCAGAGUGCCUCAAUUGCUAUCCGGGUUCUCCCGAUCCAAGAUGUCCCAAAGUGCCAACCACAAAGAAAGCAGGAUGCUAUGAUGGUUCAGAUGACCCCAGAUGUCAGCCCGCUACCUACUUACCACCUUCGACUCGUCGACCACCGACAAUUGCACCCCGACCACGGUGUUAUCCUGGAUCAACGGAUCCCAGUUGUCCGCAACAAACUCCACCAACCACAACUCGGACAGCUAUUACUACUAUUAGGCCUAGGUGUUUCCCAGGCUCCGAUGAUCCCGAAUGUCAACCACCAACGACUAGGAGGCCCGUAACUACCUCCAAGCCAAAUUGUUACCCGGGCUCGACAGACAGGCGCUGCCCACAAGAGGUCGUUACGACAUCAAAGCCCAGAUGUUAUCCUGGCUCAAAGGACCCUGAAUGUCAGCCUGCUACCACUCUCCCACCCACUACGGUUCGAACGACAAUUACAACGUCGAGGCCAAGGUGUUAUCCGGGCUCCAGGGAUCCUAGUUGUCAACCUCCGACAACUCGAAGGCCGAUAACCACGUCUAGGCCAAACUGUUAUCCGGGUUCAACAGACAGUCGCUGCCCGCAAACACCGCGAACUACGCAACAACCUAGGUGUUUCCCGGGAUCCUCCGAUCCUGGCUGUCAACCUGCAACUUACCUUCCACCGUCUACAGCAAGGACAACGAUUGCUACUACCAAGCCAAGGUGUUAUCCUGGUUCAAGCGAUCCAUAUUGUCAGCCACCAACAACAACAAAACCGAAUUGUUAUCCUGGAUCCACCGACAGUCGCUGUCCACAAAAGCCACCUACUACAACGCCGCCCAAGUGCUAUCCGGGUUCAACAGAUCUGGAGUGUCUUAAUUGCUACCCUGGUUCACCAGAUCCCAGGUGCCCUAAGGUGCCAACCACGAAAAAGGCAGGAUGCUUUGAUGGAUCGGAUGAUCCCAGGUGUCAGCCUGCCACUUACUUACCGCCCUCAACAAAGCGGACUCCUACAAUUGCACCCAAGCCAAGGUGCUACCCAGGAUCAAAAGAUCCAGCAUGCCCUCAAAUUACUCGGCCAACAACUUCCACAGCUAGACCACGGUGCUACCCAGGAUCUACUGAUUCCGAAUGUCAGCCAGCUACUUACACGCCUCCGAUAACUAGAGUACCUGUGACAACUAGAGUUCCUUUGACAACAGCUAAGCCGAGCUGUUAUCCAGGCUCACAGGAACCUGGAUGCCGACCUGCAACUAGGCCACCAAUUACCACCUCCAAGCCAAGAUGCUAUCCGGGAUCUGUAGACCCCGAGUGUCAGCCUUCAACUUCCCUUCCACCAGCAUCUGUUAGAACCACAGUUCCAACUGUUCCGACGACCAGAAUACCCGUAACUACAUCAAAGCCAAAUUGCUAUCCGGGCUCAACAGACCGACGCUGUCCAAAGGAACCCGUAACAACACCAAGGCCUAGGUGCUACCCUGGCUCACCAAACCCAGAAUGUCAACCGGCCACAUACCUACCUCCAAUUCCUACCACAAUUCCUACAACUAGGCCAACUACGUACUCACCUCCUACAACUAGAACACCUGCGACUACAUCAAAGCCAAGUUGUUAUCCAGGCUCCACCGACAGUCGUUGUCCCCAGAAACCUACUACUCCUACUACUCAAAAACCGAAGUGCUAUCCUGGUUCCUCAGAUCCUGACUGCCUGAAUUGUUAUCCUGGCUCCCCUGAUCCGAGAUGCCCCAGAGUUCCUACCACAAAGAAAUCGGGAUGCUUUGACGGUUCAGAAGAUCCAAGGUGUCAGCCAGCCACGUAUCUGCCACCAUCAUCUCGUCGUCCUCCUACAAUUGCACCCAAACCCAGAUGCUACCCAGGAUCUACAGAUCCCAGAUGUCCACAACCAACUCAACCAAUCACGACUCCGAUACCUACAACUACUAGAUGUUAUCCAGGAUCUAGGGCCCCCGAAUGUCAACCAGCAACCUCGACAAGGCCUGUGACUACAUCGAAGCCAAAUUGUUAUCCCGGCUCGACAGACAAACGAUGCGCGCAGAUACCAGUGACUACACCAAAGCCUAGAUGUUAUCCUGGCUCAACUGACCCACAGUGUCAGCCUGCAACAUACCUGCCACCCACGACGACUACUACGGUUACGCCAAGAUGUUAUCCAGGAUCCAGUGAUCCAGAGUGCCAGCCUCGUCAAACAACUAUAACACCGAUAACCACAUCGAAAUCUAUUUGUUAUUUGGGAUCAACAGAUGUUCGUUGCCGCCAGAAGCCACCAACAACUCAAAAACCAAGAUGUUCUGUAGGAUCCACAGAUCCUGAGUGUCAGCCAGCCACGUAUCUUCCCCCAACAACUGCAUCAACUACCAUCCCAGUAACCAAGCCAAGGUGUUAUCCUGGAUCAACUGACUCCAGCUGUCAACCAAAAACGUAUUCUCCACCGACUUCAAGACCACCUAUCACUACAUCGAAGCCCAGAUGCUAUCCGGGCUCUCCGGAUCCUGAGUGUCAACCCGCAACCUAUCUUCCACCAACAACCAGACGAACCACUAUUCCUACUUCGAAGCCAAGGUGUUAUCCGGGAUCCAGUGACCCAGAAUGCCAACCGACUACUUAUUCGCCUCCCACAACAAGAACACCUGUAACUACAUCCAAGCCUAACUGUUAUCCAGGCUCUACGGAUAGUCGUUGCCCUCCGCAACCCAAGUGCUCUCCUGGCUCGUCAGAUCCUGAGUGCCUCAAUUGCUAUCCCGGUUCGCCCGAUCCAAGAUGUCCAAAAAUUCCAACCACAAAGAAAGCAGGAUGCUUUGAUGGUUCCGAUGAUCCGAGAUGUCAACCCGCUACCUAUUUACCUCCCUCGUCCCGUCGGCCCCCCACUAUUGCGCCCAAGCCGAGAUGUUAUCCAGGAUCUACAGAUCCUAGUUGUCCGCAACCAACUCAACCUACCACAGUAAGGACACCAUUAACUACAUCCAGACCACGGUGCUAUCCGGGAAGUACUGAUCGCGAGUGUCAACCAGCCACAUAUUCCCCACCGACAUCUAGAUCGCAAAUAACUACCCUGAAACCCAGAUGUUAUCCUGGCUCAAGGGACCCUGAAUGUCAACCAGCAACUUACGUGCCUCCAACUACAAGGACGCCUUUGACAACAUCCAAGCCAAGCUGCUAUCCAGGCUCCACAGAUAAACGCUGCCCACAGGCACCCGUAACAACACAGAAACCUAGAUGCUAUCCCGGUUCACCGGAUCCUGAAUGUCAACCCGCAACGUACCUUCCGCCUACAACCGCACGGACAACUAUUCCUCCAACUAGACCAAGGUGUUAUACGGGUUCCAGUGAUCCCAGCUGCCAGCCCACAACGUACUUGCCACCGACAACUCGAACGCCUGUAACUACGAGGAAACCAAACUGUUAUCCGGGAUCAACAGAUAGUCGGUGCCCACAGCAGCCCCAAACGACGCCAAGACCAAAAUGUUACCCAGGGUCUACAGAUCCCGACUGUCAGCCUACCACACCACGGCAAACAAUUCCCACAACCCAGCCUAGGUGUUAUCCUGGUUCAAGCGAUCCUUAUUGCCAGCCACCAACAACAAGGACGCCUCCUACGACCCCCAAGCCAAAUUGUUAUCCUGGAUCCACGGAUAGUCGUUGUCCACAGAAGCCACCCACUACUUCGCCGCCCAAAUGCUUCCCUGGAUCCUUAGAUCCGGAGUGUCUGAAUUGCUACCCUGGUUCGCCUGAUCCCAGAUGUCCGAAAGUACCAACCACAAGGAGGGUGGGAUGUUCGGAAGGCUCAGAUGAUCCAAGAUGCCAGCCAGCCACGUACUUGCCUCCUUCAACUACAAAAGCACCUAAGCCCAAUUGUUACACGGGAUCAACUGAUCCUAGGUGUCCGCAACCAACUCAGCCCACAACCUUGAGGACGCCAUUUACAACAACGUCAACUUAUUCGCCUCCGACUACAAAAAUUCCAGUAACUACAUCCAGGCCAAAUUGCUAUCCGGGCUCGAGGGAUACACGCUGUCCACAGACGCCAGAAACUACACAGAGACCUAGGUGCUACCCCGGCUCAAAGGACCCUGAAUGCCAACCCGUUACUUACCUCCCACCGACAACGGCCAGGACACCGAGUCCGACGGCUAGGCCAAGAUGUUAUCCGGGCUCCAAUGACCCAGAUUGUCAGCCAGCUACAUACACGCCUCCAAUAACUAAAGCACCUGUCACUACAUCCAAGCCUCGCUGCUAUCCGGGCUCGGAUGAUUCCUCUUGCCAGCCCGCUACUUAUCUUCCACCGACAACUGCUAGCAGGUGCUAUCCUGGUUCCACCGAUCCUAAGUGUCAACCUGCCACAUAUGCUCCUCCGUCGACAAGAGCUCCUUUAACUACGUCCAAGCCCAACUGUUACCCCGGUUCCACGGAUAGUCGCUGUCCCCAGAAACCGCCAACGACACCUAGACCAAGGUGUUAUCCAGGAUCAUCAGAUCCCGAGUGCCUGCCAGGAACAACUUCCAGACCUCCGACUGCCGGAACCACGCCGGUGUACUGCUACCCAGGGUCCAUCGAUCCACGUUGCCCCGACUCCGGAUACAGGGGCACAAGCCGAAUUCCAGCCACAUAUCUGCCGCCACUGAGUGAUCCUGGCUACGAUAGAACUAUUCGAAAUGCGAAGACGCUGUUCUUCAACGAAAUCAAUCACUUGGCAUUCACCGACAACAAUGUCUUCGAGCUCGACGAUGACGAAGUCGAGGGCUCAAGGGUCAAGCGCGAGUUGAAACUUGACGAGGAUGACCUUCUGUCGAAGAGAAUCGUGAAGCGCGAGUCCAACGAGCAUCCUUCCGAGCAAGAAGUGAUUUCCCUGACCCUCGGAGUUAGAACUGGCAUCAGUGUAAAAUAGUCGUUGAAGGUCUAGUAGAUUGUAAGGCAUACAUAUAUA